AUGUUCAACAACAUCCGUAUGUUCAUUCGAAUGAUCCAUGAAGAAGUUGAAGAUGAUGAAGAGGAUGAGGCUAUUGCUACAACUUUAGUUGAACAGUAUCCUCAACAUAUGGAUCACAACUCUUUUUCACAUCACGGUGGAUCCGUGUUAAACCACCGUAUCAUCAAUCGCAGCAGAGCUGAAGGUCAUGAGAGGCUUUAUCGUGAUUAUUUUGCAGAUUCACCAACAUAUCCAUCACAAUUAUUUUACAGAAGGUUUCAUAAGCAUCGAUCAUUAUUUCUACGAAUUCAAGGAGCAAUUAAAACACAUGAUCAAUAUUUUGUUCAAAGAUUUGAUGCUGUAGGAGUUCCCAGAUUAUCAUCACUCCAAAAAAUGACAGUUGCAUUAAGGAUGCUCGCAUAUGGAUCACCUGUAGAUGCUGUGGAUGAAUAUGUUAGGAUUGAUGAAAGUACAACAAUAGAGAGUUUGAAGAGGUUUACGAAAAUAGUAGUUGAAGUAUUUGGAGAGCAAUAUUUGAGGUGA